GGCCUGCUGAAUAGGACUUCAGACUCGGCCUCGCUGCACCUUGGCCUGGACGCGCGCUGCCUGGGAUUACACUGUUUGCACCGGCCGUAGGAUAAUGGACGUACAACCGUGAGCCGCCUGAUUUAUCGAAAAUGACAGAAUAUAAACUGGUAGUGGUCGGCGCUGGAGGUGUAGGGAAGAGCGCCCUGACGAUACAACUGAUACAGAACCAUUUUGUUGAUGAGUAUGAUCCCACUAUAGAGGACUCCUACAGGAAGCAAGUAGUAAUCGAUGGAGAGACGUGCCUCUUGGAUAUUCUGGACACUGCAGGUCAAGAGGAGUAUAGUGCCAUGAGAGACCAGUACAUGAGGACGGGGGAGGGCUUUCUGUGUGUGUUUGCCAUUAAUAAUACUAAAUCGUUUGAGGACAUUCAUCAUUAUAGAGAGCAGAUAAAGAGAGUGAAGGACUCUGAGGACGUACCGAUGGUCCUAGUCGGCAAUAAAUGUGACUUACCUUCUAGAACAGUAGACACCAAACAAGCUCAGGACCUAGCGAGAAGUUACGGCAUACCUUUUAUUGAGACCUCUGCAAAAACCAGACAGAGAGUGGAGGAUGCUUUUUAUACAUUGGUGCGAGAAAUCCGACAAUACAGAUUGAAAAAGAUGAGCAAAGAAGAAAAGACGCCUGGCUGUGUGAAAAUAAAAAAAUGCCUUGUAAUGGGGGUCGAUGAUGCUUUCUACACAUUAGUACGAGAAAUCCGAAAGCACAAAGAGAAGAUGAGCAAGGAAGGCAAAAAGAAGAAGAAAAAAUCGAAGUCCAAGUGUCUCAUCCUGUGAUUGGGAUUCAUCCUGGAACGUAACCCCUCUCAUCCCUGCCCCAUCUUGUACAUUAUACACUAAAUUAUUAGCAUUUUGGUCUCUUCUAUGGGAACCCUGGCUCCUGCUUCCAGCCCUCCACCCCUCUGCCGGUUGUGCCAGUAUUGUGUCCAUACGGAAGCACCAGGUGAAAGCCGGAGCCUUGGCUUGUGUGCAUGCAGCAUCUGGUGUUCUGCUCGUCCUCCAGCUUUACCCCCAAAAACCCAGGAAUGGACAGAAUAAAGACAUUGUAUGAAGUGGUGCAGAGGCCAUCGC